GGGUCAUUUGAUGUCUAGCAGGUCAGGUUGUUUAUUUCCGAAUUUGAUAGCGUGAUGAUAAGAUGUUUAUGGACUGUCGGUGUAAUAUGAAGAUCAGUUUGUGAAAUACGGUGGAACUGAUGUCAAAACACUCAUUCCGAGCUUGCCAGUAGAUUUUUUCAUUUGUUUUGACUGUACCUGUUUCUUAGUUUGUGAUACGAAACGGACCGUUUUAAAAAUUGUUCGCUGUAUUUCGUUUACAUUCGCAAGUAAAAUGCUAUACGAUAUUAUAAUAUUAAUACAACACUACCAACGUAGUACAGACUCUAAAAGGUAAACAAUCUGUUCUUAUAUCACUAAUUUUAUCUUUGAUUAUUGGCGAUUACCUUUGGCUAUUCGUGACGUUGUAAAACUCUUGGAACUGAAAUUUCCGACUUUCCGGAAAAGUGGAAUUGUGUCCAGCGACGUCAACGUCAAUGUCGAAGACGGAAAGGUUCAUCAACGUGGACGACGUGGGGGAUGACGUCGAUGUUGACGACAGUGGUUCAGACACCAGCAUCCCCAGCCCCACACAGCGGCUGUCGGGUUACGACAGGGGGGUGACUCCACCCACAUCACCCGGCAGGAGCGUCGAGACGGACCGAGACACCACGACACCUGAUGGAAGUCUGAGUCCCAAUAACACACUGGAAUAUGACAAAGACGGCCACCUCGAUUACCAGAACGUGCGGCGGUACCGGACGGCGUUCUCCAAGGAGCAGAUCGGGCGGCUGGAGAAAGAGUUCUCCAAGGAAAACUACAUCUCCAGACCGAAACGGUGUGAGCUGGCGGCCGCGCUCAACUUACCAGAGAGCACCAUCAAGGUUUGGUUUCAAAACCGCCGGAUGAAAGACAAGCGUCAGAGAAUGGCCCUGGCCUGGCCCUAUGGGAUACCCCCAGACCCGCACCUGUACGCCUACCUGGCAGCCGCCGCCGCCGCGUACCCGUAUGGAGUACCCCCCUCUUCGGUGGUGCCGCACUCAGGCUUGGCUCUUCCGGGUCAUACACAUGGAUUGUCUCCCUUUAGUAUUCCAGGAAUGAUGCCUUCUAGACCAGACCCGUUGACUGGUACACCGACAUCUGUUCACAAACCUACACCGCUUAUCGAUGGACUUCCGGCCAUGGCGUCACCCCUCAGUGCGUACCCGUUUGGUUUAGGUCACAUGACUGGGCUGGGCUUUCACGAACAGUCGCUACACACUUCCGGUCUGUCGUUGUGUUUCUCCAACAAACCUUGUCCCUGUCAUAUGAGUUCUGUUCUUGGACUACAUCCCAUCAGUGCGCAUGUCCCGGGAGUACUUCCGCCGGGAGCCGGGUCGCCGCCGGGUGUCUGCAGAAAGGGCGAAGUGAACAUUUCGUAGGGUUUAUCUUCGAUUGAUCGUGCAAUAAGAUUAACGGACAAUCAUGUGGCUUGUGCUAUGGUUAAUCACAAAGAUAUUCGCAAGUCUGCAAAUGUCCAGAGGAGCUUGGUGGGAUAAGACGUGCCUGAACUACUUUUGGAUAUAGGCACGCUAAUAAACUAACAGUGACAGUCUUCAGUGAAUGUUUUAUCGGCAAAUGGUUAAAUUGGAAAAUACGUUUAAAGCGAUUUAUAGUUUGUUAUGCAUGCAGACGUGUGUUCAGAUUGGAGGAGGUUCGGAGGUCAAACCACUCCCUCCGUUCAAGUUAAUUUUCUAUUUUUAAAAAUAUAUUUACCAAAGGAGCAUGAA